AUGAGGGACAAACAAGGAAACCUGGGAUUCCAGGAGGUGGAGGCAAAGAGAAUAGUGGUCAGUGUGGAACUUCAGAAGGCAAAGAAAGAGGAACAGAUCUUUUAAAAAAGGAACAACAUGUUUAAUACCCUUCAAUCACUUCUUUAUGAGCAACAGGCUGUUGAGGUUAAUUUUACAAUGGAGGAAAUAGUCAAGGCUGUGAAUGGAAGUGACCCAGAAUUCCAUUUCAAGGCCACCCAGGCAGUCAGCUAUAUGUUAUCUAGAAAAAGAAACGCACCCCUAAAUGUGUCUGUUGGAACAGGAUUCAUUCCCAAGCUGGUGACAUUUCUGAGCUUGUCUUGUAGUCCUGACUUGCAGUUUGGGGCAGUCUGGGACCUGACAAACAUUGCUUUGGGAACAUCUGAACAGACCAAGGCAACUGUGGAUGCCAGGGCUGUCGUCCCUCUAUUGAUGGAACUCCUCUCUUCUCCAUACUUACACAUCAGUGAGUAAGCUGUGUGGGCACUAGGGAACACACAGCAGGUGAGCUGUGAUGGCCCUGAAUUGAGAGAGGCCUUUAUCUUCUGUGAAGUGAUCCCUUCUCUCUUAUCCCUGGUCUCACCUACUAAACCUAUCACAUUUCUGUGGAAUGUGACAUGGACUUUGUCCAGCCUCUGCUGGAAGAAGAACCCAUACCCUUGUGCAAAGGCAGUGCGGCAGAUCCUGCCAGUUCUUCUCCAAUUCUUGCAACACCAAGAUGGUGAGAUUCUGUCAGAAGCCUGCUGGGCUCUGUCAGAUCUUACUGAUGGUCCCAAUCAGAGGAUUAACCAAGUGGUGCAGACUGGGGUCCUUCCAAGGCUAUUCUACUUCAUAAGCAGCCCAUACCUGACUAGGAUGAUCCCCUCCCUCUAUGCAGUCGGUAUUGUGACUGGGACAGAUCAACAAACCCAGGUGGCCAUUGAUGUAGGUUUCUUGACAAUGCUGCUCCAUCUCCUGCAUCACUAGAGACCCUCUGCCCAGAAGGAGGCUGUUUGGGAACUAGGAUCUUAUGAACAGAUAUAGAAGCUUAUUACUUGUGGGCUGCUUCUAUCCUUAGUGGCCCUGCUAAGAAAUGGAAGAAAAUUCAAAGUCAAGAAAGAGGUUAUUUGGACAGUGACUAACUUCACAAGUCAGGGAACACUGCACCAGAUGCUUGAAAUCAUCAAGGCUGGAAUCCUGAAACCUCUGCUCCAUCUGCUCACUGUCAAAGACCGCAAAACUCUCCUUCUCAUCCUUGACAUUAUUACCCAUUUCUUCCAAAUUGCAGAGAAACUAGGGGAGAAGAAAAAACUGUGCUCUCUAAUAAAGGAACUUAGUGAACUAGAUAAAAUCAAGGCAUUACAAUUUUACAAUAAUAACUUGAUCUUUCAAGCUUCCUUGUCCUUAUUUGAGAAUUACUUUUCUGCGGUGUUUAUUUGUAUCCUUAAUGCCUAG